GGCGGUGCUGAUCGAAGAUCAGCGACUGGCCAUGGCGACCAUGAUGAUUUUCCAGGUCAUCGUGCUGGUCCUUUGCUCCGCGACCUCAGCAGACCAUGUCAUUCAGAAGCUGAGCUCCGGUCCCGGUUCCUUUCGGCCAUUGUCGAUGGACAAGAAAGACCGAAGGCUGCAGUACGGCUAUGGCAACUACAGUUUCCUGGAGUGUCCGGAGAUGUAUUGCUACCCCAGCGUCUACAUGGAAGAUGGAGAGCUGGACUGGGAGGCCACGAUGAUGGAGGUAACGUACACCUGUGCCACCUAUGAGAAAGGAUGCCCCUGCAAUGAGGAGUGGGAGAUCGAAUGCGAAAGUUACGGCUACAAGACCUGCUACCCCAAGUCGGAGGGUUGCUUCGACCCUUUUGCCGUGACCUGUAACGAUGAGACAGAACAUGUUUGCAAGGACGAAUGGUCCGCCUAUUGUUGGGACAGGGCUUGGGGCAGCUGCCCUGUGACCUGCAGAAGUGACGAAGUGUACUGCUCGUCCUAUACCUAUGAUUCCCAAGGAAACGUGAACUGGACAGCUCCCAUGACCCAGUCCUGCGCCAACGCCACCACCGGUUGCCCCUGUGAUGAGCAGUGGGAGGACAAGUGCACAGACUCCUGGGGAUACAGCUGGUGCAGUCCCAAGACCUACCCGUGCCCCAUCACUUGUGCUGAGGACCAGCAGGUGUGCUACAGCACCGUCUAUCUGGAAACGGGGGAGCCUGAUUGGUCAGCAGCAGGAAACCAGAGCUGUGCGCCUAUGGAAGGCAGCUGCCCUUGCCAUCCGACCUAUGAGGAGAAAUGCAACAGCUCCUGGGGCAGCUACUGCCAAGCCACACAUGGCGGCUAUUCCUGUCCCAUCGAAUGCACGGGGGAUCAGCAUUACUGCUGGAGCACUCCCUACGACGAGUUUGGAAACGUGAAUUAUUCAGCUCCAUGGAAGGAGAGUUGCGCAGCCGCAGAAGUUGGUUGCCCAUGUGAUGCCACCUGGGAGCAGAAAUGCACUGGCCAAGGCUACUCCUGGUGUCAAAGCAAGUUUGACAGUUGCCCCGUGGAUUGCGGCGAUGCGAUCACAUGCUGGCACUACUCGGGGAAUCAGAGCUGUGGCAAGGCGAGUGGCUGCACCUGUGAAGAGGAUGAACUUGCCUGUGAGGAUUCAGCAGGAGUUACCGAGUGCUACGCGAAGGUAUGGUACGGAGACUCCUGCCCCUUGACGUGCAACUACGAAACGGAGAACUGGUGCUACAAUGUAGGAUUCGACUCGCAGGGAUUGAUGACCUGGAGCGAGUAUUGCUAUACAAAGACAGGUCCAGACGAUUGGUCUUGUCCUGUGCUUUGCAACGAGGACACAGCCAAAACAUGCGGAUCUGGUGACUUUGCUGAAUGUGUUGCCUUGACCGACGAAUGCCCAGAGGUUUGCACAUCUGAACAACAGACGUGCUGGGUGGCAAACUAUGACACCUCAGGAAAUUACUUGAGCGGCAAAGACCAAUGUGCGCCCAAGAACGAGGACUGCCCGUGCGGUGACAACACUCAGAAGUGCACCUUUGAUGGAUGGUCGUAUUGUGAGUCAACCUUCUACGGCUGUCCAGUGGUUUGCGCAGCGGACGAGAAGUACUGCUAUCCGAUGUCUUACACGACUGAAGGUCUAUAUGACUGGGAAGCGCCUGUCGAAGAAAGCUGUGCGAAGUUGAAUGCGACAUGUCCAUGUGGUGCAAACGCCCACAUGUGCAAAUGGACAGAUGAUUGGGGCUACGAAGAGGAGUGGUGCUAUCCGAAAACGGAGUCAUGCCCAGUCACCUGCACUUCAGAUCAAAAGAGGUGUUAUGUGACUGACUACAACGCGUCUGGCUAUCCCGAGAAGUACUCUGAACGCUGCGUGUCAGAGGCGAGGUCAUGCCCCUGCGGAACAAAUUCUCAAGAAUGCCACGACCCACUCUUCAACGAGAAUUUCUGCUAUCCCUUGGCAGACUUCUGGUCCAACGAGCCAAUGAAGUGCCCAGUCUAUUGCAAGGACGACCAGGAUUACUGCUACAUUCCCAGCUACGACGCCAAGGGCAACUGGAUCAAAACCACGGAGGAAUGUGUUGCGAAGGGCCAAGCAUGCGAUUGCAGCAAGGGGCAAAAUGCAUUCUCUUGCACUUGGACUGAUCCGCUGUGGGGAUCCUGGACGGAAUGCUUGCCAAAGCACAAUGGAUAUUACCCAUCCGAUUGCGCAGAUGGACAGGUGGCCUGCGACUUGGUUGAAGACUACCUGCCCAAUGGCACCUCCUUGGGUUUGGUGCAACCUUCCGUGAAAUGCGCUGCAAGCCAUGAUCAAUGUCCCUGCGGCAAAGAAGCUUCGCGCUGUCCGAAGGAGGGGUGCAUUUUUAAAGACGAAGGCUGUGCCAAAGAGUGUGCUGCGAAUGAGAAGAAGUGCUGCUUGGCUAAGCUAUGGCUGACCACCUGCCUAGGCUAUGAAGCUGAUUACACUGCAGACGGGGCCUUCAUCAGCGAUCAAGAGAAAUGUGUGCCCAAGGACGACAUUUGCAAGUGCGGCAAGAACACUGAGAAGUGUGCCAACAGCGACUUGUGCUUGCCACUGGAGGAAAAGAAAUUGGUUUGUCCUUGCAAGGUCGCAGAGACCGAGUGUUUGGUGACAGACUUCGACAAGGAUGGCGAGCCCAGUGGCUUUUCCACCCAGUGCGUGACGGAAGGAACGGCCUGUCCCUGUGGAAAGAACACUGUUAGCUGCCCAGAUCCCAACGAUGCCCUGGGAAAGAUCUGUGUCCCCAGCUUCCAGCACAAGAGAUGCCCAGCGCCCUGCGCAGCUGAAGCCCUCCUCGCAGGCAACCAGACUUGCGUUCUCAUCAACCUGGAUGACAAGGGAAACUUCAAGUCUGAGACUAUCAAAUGCAUUGGCGCGAAUGAGACCUGCGGCAUUGGUGACGGAAUGAAGCGCUGCCCCUCUGGCGCCGCGGUGACACAGGACACGAGCUGCGUCAACAUGUAUGCUGCUACCACAAAGACCAGACGACUGAGCACAACUCAGAGUGCCCAGCGGGAGACUUGCAACGCCAUCAUCACCAUGUCCAGCUUGCGAUCGGAUGCCAAGUCCAAAGCAGAGACAGUCCGAGUGAAGAUGAACAGUGUACUGCAAGUCCCAAGUACUUUGAAGACUUCUCUUGCCAUCAAGACUGCCACGACGCAGCGCCGACUCAAUGUUCGACAACUGAGUGGAACGACAUCCACCAUGAUCUUUCACAUCGACAAUCAAGGUGUCGCAAGUUCGGUGACGCCAAGGCAGGUCUGUGAGCAGUUGAAGAAGAUGGUGAAGAGCAGCAGCCCUUCCCUGACCUCAGUCCUAGCCCCAGCGGGAUCCAUGAUGCGGAAAGCACUUGGGAAAGCAAUGGGUUCAAGUUUGGAGGCCGUGAGUGCUGCCGGAGAGAUCAAUGCCCAGGCAUUCCUGGCGGGGGUCAACAUGGACAUCUCCACCACAUCGUUAAAGAGCCGCGCCCAAGUGGCGAUUCAGCAGAGGGAAGAGAAGGCUGGAAUCACCCGACCGCCAAGCUCCACCUCUGCCACCUCUGCUCCAAGUGAUGCUACCACAACCGGGCCUGAGAAUGCCAACACAACUGCCCAAGGUUUCCCCGAUUCGGCCAACAUCCAAUCCUCCUGCAUCUCCAUGGGAUUCCUUCCAGCCGUGCCAGCUGUGCUUGCCAUGGUCUCUUUGAGAUCAUUGCGCUUGGUGCCUGUGCUCAGCCAGGGGCUAAGUGCCAUCAAAAGACCUGAGGACGCUUUUGAACUGCACAUGGCUUUGGCAUUGGUCACGUUUGGUUCAAGUUUUGGCUCAACCGAAGUUCGGUUGAACGUGCAAGGCCAUGCAGACGCUGGCAGCGAUUUUGCUGAUUGCCUGCGGGCAUUUCGCCGUGGCCGACCCUUGGCUUUGACUCGGGUCUCAUCCUGGUCGGAGCGUGAAAACCUCCAACUGGUGCCCAAUAUUCGCCAAGCGAAAGCAGCCAAGGACGCGGCAUCUGCAGCCAGAGCCUCAAUGGCUGGUGGAAAACGGCUAUGGUCUUCGGGAUAUGGUGACGUAGGCUAUGGUCACUUGGUGAUCGACUGGCGUUGGAAUGUCGUUGUUGAUUUCCUGGAUGCAGAUGUUCAUUUGGAUGUUGCAGCACAUUUGUUGAAGCUGGUGAUACCAACUAUUUGCAACCGAAAUGUGUUGACGGUGGUGAAGACGGACCAUAUGGCUACAGCUCUUCUGGUCAAGGUGUUGACGGUGGUGAAGACGGACCAUAUGGCUACAGCUCUUCUGGUCAAGGCGUUGGAAUGUCGAGACUGUGCUGAGAUGUAUUGUUAUACACCGGUGUUCACCGCAACUGGUGAACCAAACUGGGAGGUCGAGGGAACUGCGUCCUGCGCAAGCUACGAAAAGGGAUGCCCCUGCAAUGACCAAUGGCAAGUGCAGUGUGAAAGCUUUGGCUACAAGACCUGCGAGCUGAAGUCGGAAGGCUGCUAUGAUCCCUUUGCAGUGGAAUGCAACGAAGCCACUGAAGUCAAGUGCACGGACGAGUAUUCUUCAUAUUGCUGGGACAAGGAAUGGGGAAGCUGUCCGGUAUAUUGCAAAAGCAAUCAGACCACGUGCUACGCCACCACGUACCUUUCCACAGGAGAAGUGGACUAUGCUGCUCCGGCGACGGAAACGUGCGUGGACCUCGCGGUGGGAUGUACUUGCGAUCAGCAGUGGGAGGAGAAAUGUACGGACUCAUCGGGAUAUUCGUGGUGUACACCAAAGUUUGAAGGCUGCCCGCUUGAAUGCCAAGAAAACGAGCAGGUGUGCUAUACCAUGCAAUACACGGCCAACGGUGAGGUGGAUUUUGCCAAGGCGGUCCAGCAGAGCUGUGUGUCUAUGGACAGCCCCUGCCCAUGCAACACGGAGUUUGAGGAUCAAUGCACCUUGGAAGAUUGGUCUUACUGCCAGCCCAAGAGUCAUGGUUCUUGUCCUCUUUCUUGCACGGCCACUGAGCAUCACUGUUUCACCACACCCUACGAUGCAGAAGGCUUCGUCGACUAUGAAGCUGAAUGGGAGGAGAGCUGUGUGACAGCUGCCGACGGAUGCCCCUGCGAUUCCACCUGGGAGAAGAGAUGCAGCAUGUCAGAUGGAGGCGACGGCAGCUAUUCUUGGUGCACCCUGAAAUCUGAGAGUUGCCCCAUUGAUUGCGGUGAAGUGGUGACAUGCUACCAUCACUCCGGCAACUACAGCUGUGCCACGGAGAGUGGCUGCACCUGCGAAGCAGAUGAGAUGAGUUGCCAGGACGCAGCGGGAAAGAUGGAGUGUUUUGCAAAGGAAUGGUAUGGAGAAAGCUGCCCUUUGGUUUGUGACUAUGAAACGCACAACUACUGCUAUGAAGUAGGAUUCGAUGGACAAGGGAUGAUGAUUUGGACGGAAUACUGCCACUUGAGACCCAGUGCCGAUGAUUGGGAUUGCCCAGUGAUUUGCAAGAGCGACAGCGCCAAGAAAUGCGGAUCCGGAUGGGACGCCUAUUGCAUUGGCAUGAGCGAAGAAUGUCCAGAGGAAUGCACUCCUGAGCAGCAGCUUUGUGUGGUGCCCAACUAUGACACCUCAGGCACGAUGCUAAGCUCGCCCAUUAAAUGUGCCGCCAGUAAUGAAGAAUGUCCGUGUGGUGACAACACUGUGAAGUGCACAUAUGAAGGUUGGUCCUACUGCGAGUCAACGGCCUUUGGCUGUCCCAUCACAUGUGCUGCAGAUGAAAAACUCUGCGAUCCCAUCUCCUACACUGCAGAAGGAGAGUGGGAUUUUACCGCGCAAUCGACCCAGAGCUGCGUCAAGCAGGACCAAACAUGCCCUUGCGGCGCCAACGCCAAGCCGUGCAAGUGGACCGAUGAUUGGGGCUACGAGGAGGAGUACUGUGCCCCACAGAUCGAGAGUUGUCCGGUGACCUGUUCCGAAGGUCAAAAGAGAUGCUAUCGGACCGAUUUCAACUCGUCCGGAUAUCCGGAGUCCGAGUCGGAAUCCUGCGUUCCAGAGGGUCAGUCUUGCCAGUGCGGCACACAUUCCCAAACGUGCUACGACCCAUGGUUUGAGGGUGACGUUUGCUACCCCAUGUGGGACUUCUGGAGCAAUAAGAAGUUCACAUGCCCCGUGGUGUGCGCUGCGAAUGAACAGUACUGCUUCAUUCCCAGCUACGAUGCCAAGGGCAACUGGAUCAGUACAGCGGAGAUGUGCGUGGCGCAGGGACAAAGCUGUGACUGUUCGCAGGGGCAGAACUCCUUCAGCUGCACGUGGAAUGAUCCGGACUUUGGAGCAUUUGUGGAAUGCUUGCCGACCCAUGGCGGCUACUGUCCUUAUUCCAACUGUCCACAGGGUCAGGUGUCCUGCAGCAUGGUGGAGGAUUAUUUACCCAAUGGUACCUCACUUGGAUGGGUCCAACCUGCCGUGAAAUGUGCUGCCAGCCUUGAUCAAUGCCCUUGCGGCAAGGAGGCGGAGCGCUGCCCCAGUCAGGGCUGUCUCUUUAAAGACGAAGGCUGCGCACAAGACUGCGGAAGCCUGGAGAAGAAAUGCUAUUUAAUUGACUACGCAGCGGAUGGAAGCUACAUCAGCGACAGAGAAACUUGUGUGCCCAGCGAUCAACCUUGCCCGUGUGGCAAAAACGCCAACAAGUGUGCCAACACCGACCUGUGCUUACCCCAGAGCGAAUUGGACAUCAUUUGCCCGUGCAAGGCAUCGCAGACCACAUGUCCAGUGGUGAACUACGACAAGGAUGGAAAACUCACGAGCUUCAUGACUCUGCAGUGCGUCAAAGAGGGUGAUGCUUGUCCCUGUGGCAAGAACACUAUCAGUUGCCCAGAUCCCAAUGACGUCACAGCCAGGUUUUGCGUCCCAACGGCCCAGCAUAACACGUGCCCACAGCCCUGCACUGCGGAAGCCAUUGCUGCAGGCAACAAGACCUGUGUGAGGACCAAUUUGGACUCGGAAGGAAACUUCAAGUCUCAAUCGGUCACCUGCAUCGGUGGCAGUCAGCGCUGUGGCACUGGGGAGGGCAUGAAGCUGUGCCCAUCCGGCGCGGUGAUCUCGGUGGGGACGACCUGUAUCGACCUGUAUGGCGCUCCAGCCACGCAGACUCGCAGACUCAGCACGACCACCGCCAAGCGAGAGACAUGCAAUGCCAUCAUCACUAUGUCAUCUUUGCGAAGUGAUGCUAAGAAGAACGUGGAGACCGUGAGGGUGAAGAUCACCAGCGUCCUCCAGGUUUCUUCGGAGCUGCGAACGACGCUGGCCAUCAAGACGACGACGGGCCGUCGUCUGCAAACCGGGACUUCCACCAGCACCAUGAUCUUCGGAAUCGAUAACCAAGGAAUUACCACGACAGUGACUCCAACGGUGGUGUGUGAGCAGUUGAAGAAAAUGGUCAAGAGCAGCAGCCCAUCGCUCACGGACGCCGUUGCUGCAGUCGGAGUCAUGAAUUCACAGGUCGGUGUGAACCUGGAAAUCGCCACCAGCGAAUUGACCAGUCGAAGCAAAGCUGCGGUGGUGCAGAGACAGCAACAGGCUGGAAUCACUGUCCGCACUACCGCUUCCACCAGCCAG